AAGCAAAUGUCGCUGUUGUUGAUGAGCAUUCUCUCUUCUCUUCUAUACUUGUCGGUCUCUUCCUUUGAAUACGAAAUUGGUGCUAACGAAGGUUGGGUUGUCCCUCCCGCCAAUGAUACCAGAAUCUACAAUGACUGGGCCUCAGAGAACCGAUUCCAAGUUGAUGAUACAAUUCGUUUCAAGUACAGGAAGGACUCCGUCAUGGAGGUCAGUGUAGAGGAUUACAAGAAGUGCAACUCCAGUCACCCCAACUUCUUCUCCAACACUGGCAACACUGUUUACCAUCUUAACCAUUCGGGGUAUUUCUACUUCAUGAGUGGGGUUUCUGGACACUGUGAGAGGGGACAGAGGAUGAUCAUCAAGGUUAUUUCAAGUGACCAAGAGACUAAUUCUGGUGGCGAAAAAUCUUCUGCUUCUCCUUCUUCACCAGUGUUAUCUUCCGGUGUCUUUAAAGCGCUGUUAUCUCAACUUGCAAUGUCCUACGUUGCUUCAUAUGUCUUCAACUAA